AUGCGUUACUUCAUCGCUGCUUCUAUCCUGGCCACCGGUGCCAUGGCUUCAAGCGCAGCUGAUUACCUCCAGUGUGCCAGCGCCGCCCUCAGCUCAGCCGACACUUCAGCCUUCGGAGACUGUGACAGCAAGUCCGCCCAAGAAUGCUUCUGUGACAACAAAGACGCCCUAAGCAGCCUGAGCAAGGAUGCCGCAACCGCCUGCGCCGGCAUCGACAUCAGCUCCCUCACCGAUAGCCUCUGCAGCAGCUCUCGCCAAGCCGAUGUCGCGCCAGCCCGUCACGCCUCCAAGCCCAUGAUGCUAGCCGACCCUCACAAGCGAGCCUUUGCCCCCCAGGCCGAAAGCCCCGCUUCUGCAGCCCCGGCUGUUCCUCGCGUCGUGUACGUGACCGAGACGAAGACCGAUUGCAGCUGCAAGAGCACUCCUGCCCCUGACUCGAAGCUGGCACACAUCUCCCAGAUCCCUGUUGAUGUGCCUGUCGCUAGCAGCGCCAUGCCCAGUAUGGCUGUUGGCUCUAGCCCGGCUGGUCACUCUCAUGUCCCUAUGGGCGCUGCUUCUUCUGUCGUGUUCGGUUCGCAGGCUUCAGCUGCUACUCCUAUGCCCUCUGGUGCGGAUCCUAACCGAUACUCCUCAUUCCAGGGGGCUGCGGCCCCGAGUGCUGCUGUGCAUGGUGUCGCUGCUGUUGGUGUCGCCGCUGUCAUGGCAUUGAUGGUCGCUCUGUAA